UGUAGUUGAUAUUGUUCAUUAUAAAGCAAAAGCCUUCACCAGGUUCUUCUACAACCUUCUUAGAAGAGAGAUAAUCAUAAUUAAUUAAAAAUGAGUUUUCUCCAAAAAUUAUGGGACGAAACCCUCGCCGGUCCGGCUCCAGAUUCCGGCCUCAGUCGGCUACGUAAGUACAAUUCUUUCUCCGCCUCCAGAUCUCCGCCGAUGUUAUCCAACGACGUUGUCUCAAAUAUUCCUCCAAGUAUCCAAAUCCCUAGCCCUACGCUCUCUCAGAAUCAAACCUCCUUCCCUGAAUCGCCGAUCGCCUCCUCAUCCACGCCGCGGACUCCACCUUCCACUCCGCCAGAGACACCCCGAGGAGACGAUAUGAAGAGACUUGCAAGAAGAAGAUCCAUUGAUUAUCCUCGCCGCCGUCCUCUCGAAGGACCUGAACAAACUAGCCCUUCUGUUUAUGAUUGGAUCGUAAUAACUGCAUUGGAUCGUUGACGAACAAGAGAGAAGACCAACGGAAGAAGAGAAUGAAGGCUGUAAUUUCAUGAGGAUAAAGUAAAAUAUCUCUUUUUCCCACUACUAUUUUGUUAAUAUUAGAAGGAACACAAAUUUCCAUGUACAAUAUAUGUACAGAGUAUAAUUAGUAUAUAAUAGGAGGAUGUACCCGAAAAGACGGAUAAAAGGCUUUUUGUAUUUGUAUAUUCAAACUUUCAGUUAAUCGCUUUCUAAUUUGUAUUUUGUUCAUUUUCCA